GCGCGGGCGCGUCAACCGUCCCUCCCUGCGCGCGCGGAGCUGAACUCUAUCUCCUCUGGAUUUGCUGUGGGACGCAAACUUUCAGGCUGCGCGGGCUCUUUGCUUGGCGGGAUCCUAGAUACCGGCUCGAUUCUCCGUCGACACGGGCAGCCGGUCUCUCGGAACCCACUGACCUGCUCCUGGGAAGGCGACGAGAUUGUGUAGACGCCGUCAUUUUCCCUCCAGGGGACUCAGCCCGGAGCCCGCAGCACUGCUCUUGGCAGUUUUGACAGGUGCCCGCCGCCGAGGAAUAAAUGGCUGCUGGGCAGGAUCGAGUGGUUGCUCUUGUGGAUAUGGAUUGUUUUUUUGUCCAGGUGGAACAGCGGCAAAAUCCUCACUUGAGGAAUAAACCUUGUGCAGUUGUACAGUACAAAUCAUGGAAAGGUGGUGGAAUUAUUGCAGUGAGUUAUGAAGCUCGUGCAUUUGGGGUCACUAGAAACAUGUGGGCAGAUGAUGCUAAGAAGCUAUGUCCAGAUCUUCUACUGGCACAAGUUCGUGAGUCCCGUGGGAAAGCUAACCUCACCAAGUACCGGGAAGCUAGUGUUGAAGUCAUGGAGAUAAUGUCUCAGUUUGCUGUGAUUGAACGUGCCAGCAUCGAUGAGGCUUAUAUAGACCUAACCAGUGCUGUGCAAGAAAGACUUGAAAAGUUACAAGGUCAGCCUAUCUCAGCAGACUUGUUACCCAGCACUUACAUUGAAGGGUUGCCCCGAGGCCCUACUACAGUAGAAAAGACUAUCCAGAAAGGUACUUGUAUCACAUUACUUCUGCUUCCUGCUUUUGGAACCUGCUUGGUCCUGGCAAAACUCGCCUGUGGACUAAACAAGCCCAACCGCCAAACUCUGGUCUCUCAUGGGUCAGUCCCACAGCUAUUCAGCCAGAUGCCAAUUCGUAAAAUCCGCAGUCUUGGAGGAAAACUCGGGGCUUCUGUCAUUGAAAUCCUUGGGAUAGAAUACAUGGGUGAACUGACCCAGUUCACUGAAGCCCAGCUACAGAACCAUUUUGGAGAGAAGAACGGAUCUUGGCUGUACGCCAUGUGCCGAGGGAUUGAACAUGAUCCAGUUAAACCCAGGCAGUUACCUAAAACUAUUGGCUGUAGCAAGAACUUCCCAGGGAAAACAGCUUUGGCUACUCGGGAGCAGGUACAGUGGUGGCUCUUGCAGUUAGCCUUGGAACUUGAGGAGAGACUAACCAAAGACCGAAAUGAUAAUGACAGGGUGGCCACUCAGUUGGCUGUCAGUAUUCGUUUUCAAGGAGACAAACGUCUGAGCAGCCUGCGCCGUUGCUGUGCCCUCACUCGCUAUGAUGCUCAUAAGAUGAGCCAGGAUGCAUUUGCUGCCAUCAGGAACUGUAAUACUUCUGGAGUCCAAACUGAGUGGUCCCCUCCCCUCACGAUGCUUUUCCUCUGUGCCACCAAGUUCUCUGCCUCUGCUCCUUCAUCUCGCACAGAUAUCACCGUCUUCUUGAGCAGUGACUCAAGUUGUCAGUCAAAGGUGCCAACUGCCAGCUCUGAAACUAAGACCCAGGGAACUGGUGCAGCUUUGCCCACAUCUAGAAAGCCAGCCACCUCUCUGGAGUCUUUUUUUCAAAAGGCUGCCAAAAAGCAGACAGUGAAAGAGACUUCCCUUGCUCCUCUCAACAUGUCCACAGACAAGUCACCAGUCAAGCCCGCACUACCAUUCCAAAGCAGCCGGACUGCAGGAAUUGAGCCCUUCUUCAAGCAGAAGAGGCUGUUAUCACAGCAAACACAGCUUAAUAGUCCUUCAGCUCCUCACUCUCCACAGAUGAACUCAGAAGCGAUAUCAAGCUAUUUUCCCACAGAGUGUGCAGAUGGUGGUCCUCUUUAUGAAAGAGUGUUGAAACCACUAUCUUCUAAAGCAAUUUCUACAGAAAAGGAUGUGGCUGGGAACAGUCCAAACAUGCUUAAUUCUUCAGUUUACAACUCUGAGGAGGUAGCCCACAGUACAGCUGAGGACCAAAUGCUCUGUGAGAAGUGUAACUCGCUGGUCCCAGUGUGGGAUAUGCCAGAACACAUAGAUUACCAUUUUGCAUUGGAGUUGCAGAAGUCUUUUUUGCAGCCUUAUACUUCAAAACCCCACACUGUUCCUGCAAUGUCUCCUCAGGGCAAAAGAAAUCCCAAGAGUCCUUUGGCUUCCAGUAAUAAACGGCUUAGGCUCCACGGCAUGCAGACACUGGAAUCAUUUUUUAAGCCAUUGACACAUUAAUGCUGCCCUCCGGCUUGUAAAACUUUACAAUAGUUAGUUGUAACUGAGCGAUGGGAUCAUGUUGAUUUCUCAAGGGAAUCUAUGAAAUUGUUAAUACAAAAUUAGAUUCCUCUAUUCCAGUGGGAUCCUGGUCCUGUUUCUGAUCAAAAUGCUUUUAAUGUCCUUAGGGAGACGGUGUCGUAAAAGGUGUAAGGAGCCUGGGCAAACUCCUUCAACAUUGAGCUUUCUCACUCAUCUAUAAAACUAAAGACCAUACGUGAUAUAUUUAGGGGUGUAACUCCUAAUAACCCCCCAUGCCAGGCGGUGAUGGUGCACGCCUUUAAUCCCAGCACUGAGGAGGCAGAGGCAGGCAGAACUCUGAGUUCAAGACUAGCCUGGUCUAUAAGAGCAAAUUCCAGGACAGCCAGGGCUAUACAGAGAAACCCUGUCUCACAAAAACCAAAAGACCCCCCCCUCAAAAAAACAAACAACAACAACAAAAACAAAAAACAAAAAAACAAAGUCCUAACUUGAAAUUGGAACAGAAUGGGGGGAAAAAUGGGUUGGGGAUAUAACUCAGUGGUGGAACACUGGCCUAGGGUAGCAUGUGCAACACCCUGUCUGUGUUCAAUUCCCAGUACUGGAGUGGGAAUAAAACAAAAAACAGUACAUUAGCCAAAAGGCUAAAGUAAUGGAUUUAAUAAAUAAUCUUUUUAAUGAGACAUGUAGUCUUCCUUAGCCACCCAGGUGUUAGGCUUUUCUGAUAUGACCUUGAAUUAUAUGCAAAACCAGAUAGUGGGUUUAAUGAGUAGGAAGAUAGCACACACUGCUCUUCCCAUGCUAAAUACAAACCAACUUCAUUUUCCAUAUUUAUAAAUUGUGCCUUUGUAUUUUACUUCAAGGGGAAGGUUUAAAGCUAACUGUGUUUAGCAGGAAUUUACAUUUCCCUUGAAUUUACUGUGGCUUUUCCCUAGCUGGGUCAGUAGCUUCUUAAAGGCAAGAAUUCUUGCAGUGCCUUACACAUAGUGUGUUCUUGAUUAUUGAUGUAUGUAAUAAAAAUUAUACAUGAUUGCCCACACUAGGAAAAUAAAAAUGUACUCUUUGAGGA